AGGAAGGGGAGCGGCAACCCGAGACUAGAGCGAGUGGCGCAGCGCAGCAGAACGCAGCUGCGUGAAUCUGUCCCGGGAGCCCGUGGUCUGAGCCAGCCUAGAGAUCUGAGACGGGCGGGGGCUGCUUGACCUUUCCCGCCUGGUUUGGGUCAGAAGUAGCCAAAAGCGGCUUCUGUGAAGUGCGAAGCCCCAAGCUGCAGGGCACCGAUCGGAACUUUGCAGAGUUCGGGAUGAGCGGAGCGAGGUUGUUGAGUACUUGACUCCUCUCCUCUCCCUCCCCUCCCCUCCACCCGCUCCAUCCAGAGCUUUGGGCCUCCAGCUGUCAGAUCUGAUUUCGUGCCAAAGGGUGACGAUCCCGAUCCCGAUUUCCGUGUGCAUGCACGCUUUGCAGCCUAAGAGCCAGACCCUAAAGCUGGAUGUCUUUUGACUCGGCUGCUAGCCCGGGUGUCAAAAUUUCGGGCGCGGGCAGCGGAGCCGAGGCGGCCCCGCGCGUCAUGGCGGAGCGGCUGGCCGGCCCGGGCGCCGGGGACUGGGAGAUCGACGUGGAGAGCCUGGAGCUGGAGGAGGACGGCUGCGGGCCGCCGCUGCUGGCCGACGGGGACGGCGAGGAAGACGAGGACGACGAGGAGGAGGACGAGGACGGACAAGAAAGGGCUUUCUGGGAAGCAGAAUAAUUUCGAGCGCAAAGCACUGUUCCAGAGGCAAGUCAGGGCACCUAGUUUGCUGGCCAAAAGCAUUUUAGAAGGCUAUCGCCCUAUAACAGCGGAGACUUACCUAGGAGGAGCCUUACCUCUACCUCCCCCGGUUAGUGACAGGAUGAGAAAAAGAAGGGCGUUUGCUGACAAAGAGUUGGAGAACAUUAUGCUGGAGAGAGAAUAUAAGGAGAGGGAGAUGCUGGAAACUUCUCAAGCUGCCGCCUUGUUCCUGCCCAACCGCAUAGUGCCUGGACCUGAAUACAGCUCCUACAAAAGUGCCUACAGCCCCACCCCGGGGGAGCUGUCAAGUAAGGACUUCUGCAAUUUUUUGCCUACCUGCCUUGAUCUCACCAUGCAGUAUUCAGGAUCUGGGAACAUGGAACUGAUUUCCUCCAAUGUUAGUGUGGCCACGACGUACCGACAAUAUCCUUUGUCCUCAAGAUUUUUAGUGUGGCCCAAGUGUGGCCCUAUUAGUGACACCCUUCUCUACCAACAAUGCCUUCUAAACGCCACCACCUCAGUUCAGGCCCUGAAGCCCGUGGGCAGCUGGGACUUGAAGGGAACAAGGGUCCCGGAUGGGUUCAGUUCAGAACACACCAUGAUGCCACCGAAGCUGGAGAGCUCCCUGGUGCUACCUCACCCUCCGGAGGUCCAGACCUUGAGAAGUGACUUUCAGGGUCACCAAGCUGUCCCUGAGAGGUCCGCCUUCUCCCCACCCCAACGGAAUUUCUCUCCCGUUGUUGACACGGACUCCCUGGCUCAAGGGCCCGUCUUAACCAAGAUCAGCAAAGAAAACACUAGGCACCCUCUGCCACUUAAAAAUAAUCCAUUCCACUCAUUACUCCAGCAAACGCUUAAUGACAAAUCAGGUCCUGAGCUGAAAACUCCAUUUGUCAAAGAGGCUUUUGAAGAGACCCCGAAGAAACACAGAGAGUGUUUGGUCAAGGAGAACCAGAAAUACACAUUUACAAUAGAUAGAUGUGCAAAAGACCUUUUUGUGGCCAAACAAGUUGGAACAAAACUCUCGGUGAAUGAACCUCUGUCAUUUUCGGUCGAGUCUAUUCUUAAGAGGCCUUCAUCUGCCAUCACUCACGUCUCCCAGUGAAAGAAAGGCUGCUAAAAUGCAAAGGUGGAUUUUCCACUGCCUCAGAUGGUUUUUGCCAUACACUUAUUUUUUUUAAAGUUAAAAUGUUUGUAUAAAGAAAAUUUUAAUGUAAAUAAUGAUGAUUUUUAAAAAUUCUAUAUAUUCAUAUGCAUGUACCUUUUCUUAUCACAUAAAUAUAUUUAAACUUAAGAUGGAAAUUGCGUACUGUGCAAAUUGUAGAGUUCUAUGCCUUACAUAGCAUUUCAAAAAGAAAUAAAACUGAUACUGUCGUCUAAAAGAUCCAGUGUUUGCUAAGCAAAUAGCUGUCCCUGGCUGGAUUAAAAAGCUGGUGUCUGUGAAA